AGAGUCACUCUUUAUAGUUCCCUUCCAUGCAUGCUGAGUGAAAACCAGCCCUUGCCGAUUUCUUCCUAAGUUAUUCUCUUCCUGAAAACAACUUUCUGUCAGGUAACAUGUCACGUAACGUCGCCCUGAAAGAGAAGAGAUUCCUCUUCACGUCUGAGUCUGUUGCCGAGGGACAUUCAGAUAAACUGUGUGACCAGAUCAGUGAUGCUGUUCUUGAUGCUCAUAUUAAGGUUGAUCCGGAUGCUAAGGUUGCUUGUGAAUGUGUGGCCAAAACUGGGAUGAUCUUGCUAUGUGGUGAAAUUACCUCAAAAGCUAUCAUUGAUUACCAGCAAGUAGUGAGAGACACCCUCCAGAAGAUUGGUUAUGAUGACUCUUCCAAAGGGUUGGAUUACAAGACUUGCACUGUGCUGGUAGCCCUGGAGCAGCAGUGCCAUGAGAUCAAACAAGCCAUCACCGAGGGGAAGUCUGGGGAUGAUAUUGGAGCUGGAGACCAGGGCUUGAUGUUUGGUUACGCCACCGAUGAAACUGAGGAGUGCAUGCCGCUAACUAUCUUGCUUGCGCACAAACUUAAUGGGAAGAUUAAAUCCCUGGAGAGAAAUGGAGUUCUGCCCUGGCUUCGACCUGAUGGGAAAACACAGGUCACGAUGGAAUACCGAGAUGUCGGCGGUGCGCUGGAGCCAAUCCGGAUGCACACCUUGGUCAUUUCUGUACAACACGCUCCUGGGGUGCCAUUGCAGAAAAUACAGAAAGAGCUGAUGGACAAAGUUGUGAAAGAAGUGGUUCCAGCAAAAUACCUGGAUGAAAACACAGUCUAUCACCUCCUGCCGAGUAAGGCCUUUCUAGCAGGUGGUCCUAAGGCUGAUGCUGGCCUGACUGGCAGAAAGAUCAUUGUGGAUACUUAUGGAGGCUGGGGUGCUCAUGGAGGGGGUGCUUUUUCAGGGAAAGAUCCCUCCAAAGUGGAUCGUUCAGGAGCCUAUGCAGCUCGCUGGGUGGCAAAGUCCCUGGUGAAAGCAGGCCUUUGCAGGAGAGUAUUGGUGCAGCUGUCUUACGCGAUUGGAUUGAGUCACCCACUGGCCAUCUCGGUGUUCCAUUACGGUACUUCGGACAGAUCAGAAGAUGAGCUGCUGGAUAUCAUUCAGAAGAACUUUGACCUUCGCCUUGGGCCAAUCAUAAGAGAACUGAACUUGAAGAGUCCCAUUUAUCAACAGACUGCAUGCUACGGGCAUUUUGGAAGAGAAGAAUUUACAUGGGAACAACCUAAAAAGCUGGUUUACUAGUUAUAGGUUGCUUCCAGAUUGGCAUUUAUUGUGGAAUACAACAAAUUACUCACAGUAUCCACACAACAUUGUUGGCAUCAAAAUGCAGCCUGUAUUCACCCCCGCAUUGAAUCUGAGUUUACCCUUUUCAGAAAAACCAGAUUAUGGUUUUAAAAAAUGUUGACUCUCAAAAAGAAGGGGGGCAAGGUUUGAAAGAAGGGAAUCAAAAGUGUCCGGAGGAAUAAAAUGUGAAGUUUCUGCGAAUAAGUCAUUUAAUAA